CGAAAUCGAUCUGGCAACGUUCGCGAGCUCAGUGUCAAAAUUACGGCCCGUUUAAAAUAAAUAGUUUAUUUUCGGGCUCCGUCUCACAUUUAGUACUGCAUUAUUCCCAACAUUUUUUGCUCGACGGUUUGGGGUACAAAAUUCUUAGCUCUUUGCAAUGUUCCGAUUUGGCAAGCUUCGUCUCAGCCUCUCCGAGGUGGCCAAAAAGGAGCCGUCAGCAGUUCGUUUGCAGCGGCGCUGCAUUCAGGCGAGGAGCUUCUUGCCGGGAUUGGCCAGUAGGUCGGCAGGGACGCCCUCUGCGACGGCCCAGGUGGCCGGUGGCGGCAAGCACCACGUCCAACCGCAAGCCCACACCAUCGACACUGGCGCCGAGGACCAGAACAGCCGCUGGCCUAGGAAGGUCUUCAGUGGCAUCCAGCCCACGGGAUCGCUGCAUUUGGGCAACUACCUGGGCGCCGUCCGCAAGUGGGUGCAGCUGCAGAAUGUCCGCGACGACGUAACCGUCUGCAUCGUGGACCUUCACUCCAUCACCAUGCCCCACAAUCCGCCGCUUCUGCGCGAGAACAUCUUCACCAUGGCUGCCACGCUGCUUGCCUGCGGCAUCGAUCCCGCCAAGAGCACCCUCUUCGUCCAGUCCGCCGUCGCCGAGCACGCCGAGUUCAACUGGAUUCUCAGCUCAAUGACCACCAUGCCGCGUUUGGCUCAGCUGCCGCAGUUCCGGGAGAAGUCACGCCUGCUCAAAGAUGUCCCGCUGGGAUUGUACGUCUAUCCGGUUCUCCAAGCAGCCGACAUUAUGCUCUACAAGGCCACACAUGUUCCUGUGGGCGCCGACCAGGUACAGCACAUUCAGCUGGCACAGCACUUGGCCAGAACCUACAACGGUCGCUAUGGCGAGACCUUCCCUGUCUGCCACGCCAUCGUCGAGGAAGGUGAUGCCUCCCGGGUGCUGUCCCUGCGAGAUCCCUCUAAAAAGAUGUCAAAAUCGGAGGCCAAUCCCAAGGCCACCAUAAAUCUUUGCGAUUCGCCCGACCUAAUCACGCAGAAGAUAAAGAAGGCCGUCACAGACUUCACCUCGGACAUAACUUAUAAUCCUGGCAAGCGAGCCGGCGUCAGCAACCUCGUCAAUAUCCAUUCCCAGGUCACGGGUCAGCCCAUUAAGACAGUGGUAGACGAAGCCGCCACCUUGGACACGGCCAAGUACAAAGACCGUGUGGCGGAGGCUGUGGUUGAGCACUUGCGCCCAAUCCGGGAGCAAAUCCACCACCACAUGACCAGGCGGAACGAGAUGGUCUAUUUGCUGGAAGUAGGUGCGGAAAAGGCGCGUCAGCAGGCGCAACAGACGUUAAACGAUGUAAAGCAGCGCCUUGGACUAGGCACCAGUGUCAAUAUUCCAGCUGCGGUGCAUGUGGCACCUUUACUGCCCGCUCCCGAGGUUUCCAAGACUUCGGCCAGCAGGCGAAUGUCCAAGGACUUUGACGGCAAUGUCCACGAACGCCACGAGCGAAUGUACGGAUUCGGAGAACAGCCAAGCGGCGGAGCUGGCCAGUCGGCCACUGGGGAGCUGGCCGAGAUGUCCCAGACGCCUCUUCCGCGAGUGCCCCGUCGCCCGCCCAUCGUUCCCACUCAGUCUCUGCGCGUCGAGAAGCAGAUGGGUAGUACCCGCACACGUCACGUAUUCCAGAUGGACACCUGCAAUGCCCCGCACAUUGGGUUCAAGGCGCCGCCGGGAUUUGCUGCCAGCAUGGUCACUGGAGCUCUGGCAAAGAGCAAGCGACCGACUGUUAAACCCCUAACGAGCAGCCUUGGAUUCGGGCACUCGCAGGGCGGAUCGUACAAGAGCAGCCAGAACGUUAAUCCCAGUGCGGUGUCCACUAUAGCACGCGAAGUAAAUGCUGCCAGGAAGCAGGAGUUCACUUGCAACAUGGCCAACUCUGCCUUCUACGCGGCCGCCCUGGAAUCUCGCGCCAAUUCUAAACGGUCCAGUGAAAAAACCAACUCAAAGUCGGGAGACAGUGAGUUUAUUAUCGUCGCGAACGAGGACGAAGAGCAGACCUCCUCUGAGGAGCAACGCGAGGAGGCUGAGGAGGAGGAGGCAGUGGAUCGGGAACGGGAGAGCUCGGAUCGCAAGGCCACCGAAGCUACCACAGUCGAGAUUUAAGUCUAGGAAACAUUGCAAUUGUUAUUAGUGUAGUACAAGUAUACUUAGAUAACAUUUCUGUUAAAUCUGUCGUUUUUAUGAAUAUAAUAGACAGAUUCUGCUGGAUAAAACUA